AAGAAAAAAAACACAGUCGCUUUCACUUCUGUUCCGUCUUCACCUUCCUCAUUCCUCUUCACAAUCAAUUCACCACGAUUCUCACUCCCCUUCUCCUCCUCUCCUACUCACACACACACCUCACUCUCUCUCUCCCCCCAAAAUGGCCGACGAACCCCAAACCCACCCAAUACACCCACCAGAAGAAUCAACACCGCCGCCGCCGCCGCCGCCCACAGCUGAGGAAACCGAAACACCCCCUCCACAGCUCCCCGAACCUCCGCUAGCUUCACUCUCACUAGACCUCCACCAAGCCCCCUCCCCCGCCGCCGAAGAAUCCGAUCUAACCAUCGCCAAAUGGCAGCCGCUCCCCCCGCCGCCGCCGGAAUCUCCCCCCUCCACCACCGUCACCACCGCCGUCACCGCAUCCCAGCCCCUCGCCGCCGCGCUAUCAGUCUCCCAGGAAACCGAAGAAUCAGCAGAAGCGGAGAAGAAAUCCAAACCGCCGCCGCAAUCCCUAGGCUCGUUCAAAGAGGAGAGCAACCGAGCCUCAGAUCUCGCCCCCUCCGAGCUCAAAUCCCUCCACGAAUUCAAAGCCCUCGUCCAGGAAUCCCUCUCCGCCGCCCAAUUCGGCGCCGAGGAGGUCUCAAUUUGGGGAAUCCCGCUCCUCAAGGACGACCGCAGCGACGUCGUUUUGCUCAAAUUCCUCCGCGCCCGCGACUUCAAAGUGAAGGAAUCCCUCUCCAUGCUGCGAAACACCCUCAAGUGGAGAAAGGAUUUCGGCGUGGACGAGCUGCUCAAGGAGGACUUGGGCGACGAUCUCGAAAAAGUGGUCUUUAUGCACGGAUUCGACAGAGAGGGCCACCCCGUUUGCUACAACGUCUAUGGAGAGUUCCAGAAUAAGGAAUUGUAUGCGAAAACGUUUGGGGAUGAGGAGAAGAGGCGGAGGUUUUUGAGGUGGAGGAUUCAGUUCUUGGAGAGGAGUAUUAGGAAGCUGGAUUUCAAUCCGGGGGGGAUUAAUACCAUCUUUCAAGUGAGUGAUUUGAGGAACUCGCCCGGCCCGGGGAAGAGGGAGCUUCGGAUUGCCACGAAGCAGGCAUUGGUCAUCCUGCAGGAUAACUAUCCUGAGUUCGUGACGAAGCAGGUGUUCAUCAAUGUUCCGUGGUGGUAUCUGGCUUUCUACACGAUGAUGGGUCCGUUCUUGACUCAACGGACUAAAAGCAAAUUUGUCUUCACCGGCCCAUCAAAGACCCCUGAAACCCUUUUCAAGUACAUAACACCGGAGCAAGUUCCAACUCAAUAUGGUGGCCUGAGUGUAGACUUCUGCGAGUGCAACCCCGAGUUCACUGUUGAAGAUCCGGCCACGGAGAUCACUAUCAAACCUGCAACGAAGCAGAUCGUUGAGAUCCUCGUGAAUGAGAAAUGCACUUUGUGUUGGGAGCUCCGUGUGGUCGGGUGGGAAGUGAGCUACAGUGCAGAGUACGUCCCAAAUGAUGUACGGGGCUACACGGUGAUCGUGCACAAGACCAGGAAGAUGCUCCCAUCGGAUGAGCCUGUCGUGUUGGGCAGCUUCAACGUGACCGAGCUGGGUAAGAUAUUGCUGACAGUCGACAACCCCACCACGAAGAAAAAGAGGCUCGUCUACCGAUUCAAGGUUCUCUGAGUUAACGAGAGAGCGAUCGAUGUCUUGUUUGUUGUGAAUCUUGUUUGAUGAAACAUGUUUUGGGUUAAGUUAAGCUAAACUUGUGUGUUUUCUAAGUCAAUAUCUAUCUAUGGCACCUCCUACGACGAUGGUCCGUUGUUAUUGGUA